AUGAGCACCACUUCUUCACCCGACGAGGCCUCGUGUGAUGUGGAGAAGGAAGGGAAGGGCAUCUCCCCCGUGACGCGGACGGGUAAACGAUUCGCGGAGUGCGCUCUCAUGGACCUCCCGGACAAGUACAGCAGUGCCUUUCCUUACCUACGAGGUGCUCGACUUUUUUUCUUUGACGUGGUGAGUAAGCUCAACCGUAUCGGUGCCCGCAACAAGCGUGUCGUCUUUGUCACAGACUACACGAUUGGUGUAGCCUCGAAGCGGGGGCACGUCUCGCGGUGCGCCAAAGUCGAGGACAUUUCGGAACUUAUCUGCGAUGCUCAGACGCGUGCCCUUGGCGUCCGCAUGCGAAGUCGCCCCUUCGCCAUUGUACCCAAGGACUUCUCUCGCUGGAACUGCUUCCACGAGAUGCCGGUUGACCUCUUGCUGCACGCGACAUCUGCGGCGCAGUAUGAGGCACUCAUAAACGUGUUGAGCUUUGUGCAUCAUACCUCCACCCACGAGGCGCUGCUGUGCCGCUCGCUCAAGCAGUACGAGACGUGGAAGGCAUCACUGGUUUUGGCGCCUGACGGGUCGCGUGUGAAGAAGGCAGUGCAGUACUAUGCCAUACCCGUGACCCCGUCGGAGAGGAGCACUGACGCCGCCACGUUAAGUGCUACUCGAUCGCAGGAGACAAGUGCAAGCCUAUCGGCUGUUCGUGCACCGAGGCAAGUUGCCCUCCUCUCCGCAGGUGACUCAGCAUCACGCUUCACGAGUGGACCGGAUGUGUCUGCCACAGCGCCGAAGCUGCGACACUGGUCCUCGUUGGGUGCCAGCUCUUCUUUCACUCCCUCUGGCGUUGGCGGUCAUCGGACAGCGCUGGGAUUGUCGCCGUUCAGCCUCAGCCCAUCGCCGGCGCCUCCGCUAGUCGAGUUCUCAAGAGAUAUAGAGGCCGUGCCGACCUCUGCAACGCGGCGUGGUGUCAACCCGCUGCUGAAGGCUGACAGAAAGGCCCCCAAUGCGUCGUGA